GGCGUUCUUAUUUGUAUUUGUAUUUGUGUUCGAACACACACACACACACACACACACACACUGAAAUUAAGGCUGAAAGAAAAUGAGACCAGGAGAGACUUCCAAUGGCAAGAAACCAAAUCAUGACCAAUCCAUUGUUUCUAAAAUCGCCCUCUCCAUCAAAUCUCAGGAUGGGGACGAGGUCUACUACCGGUUUCCGCGCGAUAAGAGACUACAACACUUAUUUACAUCUUACUGUAAGCAGAAGAAAUUAAACUACGACGCAAUAGCAUUUGUGUACGAUGGCCAACGCGUCAAAGCUUCAAAAACUCCCCUCGAGAUGGAAAUGGAGGACGGAGAUUCUAUAGAUGCCAUGAUGCAUCAGGACGGAGGUGGCUACGCACUCGUGAUGACUUGAUCAAGAGUGAAGAAAGCCAACACAACGAUCAACCAAAUAGACAUUUAUGUUGUUGGUUUGCUUUAUGUAGUUUGUUUAUUAGACUAAAUGCUACAACGUGCGGGAGUUUGUCUAUUUGGAUGAGUACUAAAGGUAUAUGAUAACAAUGAUUUUUCUCACUAUUUUAAGUUGAGGAUAUG